UCUUAUAAUCAGAUCUGGUCUGUGAUUGUAUGGCUGUCAAAAUGGACAGUUUUCAAAAUUUCAAGUUUUGAUUUUAAAAUCUUUAAUUAUUGCUGUUUUUCAGAAGUGAUCCCAUCUGCCUAAGGAAGAGUAUAGAAUAUAAUGUGCUUUUUCUUGGGUGCAUUGAAGGAUGAUCCUGCUUUCUGCUCUGGAAGCAGCUGCUGUGAAAGUGUCAUUGUUGCAGAUGUGUGGGUCUUUGCAUGUUGAAUAGGAAAGCUUAUCAGAUUGUCACUCUCCCUUUUUUUCCUCCCCCACAAAGUAAUGAGAUUCACACACCUGACAGUCUUGGAAAAAAAUUAGUCUUCCAGAACUCUCAGAGGUGAUCCUGUCCAUGUUGGUGGAGGUGGAACCUACAUGAUUUUUUAGGCCUGUUCCAAUCCAAACCAUUUCAUGAUUCUGUACAAAGAUACCUUGUUUAAUUGGGGGAGAAUGUUCUGCUGAUCUGCUGUAGGAUGUGUUAACUUGUUUUCCUUACAGCAUAAUAACUUAGGAAGGCAGAGCCACAUUCUCUUGCUGUGGAAAUUCUCUUGGUGGGAAGGAACUUCAUCCUGGGAGGGAAUUCAGGGGAGUGCUUCUUUCUGAUAGGUACAGGUCUGCAUUAAGGCUGUAAACAGGUUGAACUUGGUCAUUAGACCAUACUUCUGCUAGUACACAACUAUGAUGUUUGACUUAGCAUUUUCAUUGUAGUUACUUUAGGUUUGAGAGAUGUUUAUAAUAUUGUUCAAUUAAAAGAGGCUGUCCAUGUUCAGUCAGACCUUAAAAAUUUAUCAGUUACAAAUGGUACAAUGUCUUCCUUUAGCACUCCUGUGUCAGUUUUGUUGUGUGACUUUCUGCUCAGGACCAAAUACUUUUUUUUCCAUAUUUGGAACAUAGAUUCCUUUCUUGCGUUCCCACUAAAAGGGAGACACCUCUCAAGGUAGUGUAACUUGUACUUUUAUAUCUGGAGAUCUCAAAACCAGAUUUCCUGUAAAGCAAAAUUACUUGGUUUAUGGAGUGUCAAAAAGAAAAUGUUAAUGUGAUUUACAUAAUUUUGGUGUAAUAUUAUAAAUCACUUUGAAGUAUGCCCUGUCAAGCUCUUAACAAUCUUAUUUGGGGAGGACAAAGGUUAACUAAGGUAGUGCACAGAGGAGAGCAGAGCAUUGCAGACCUUCCCAGUAGGUUUAAGGAGGGGAAAAGAUAAAUGUUUAUUUAGUAAGAAGUUGGUGAAGAAAUGAAGAGAAAAUGUUAAAGAAUGAGAAAUCUAGUUCUUGUUUUGAGCAGACCCGAACUAGUGCCUGUGAGGAUUAAGUAGGAGAACUACCUCGUGGGAUGUGAGAAUUGAAGCAAUUUAAAAGCUGGGCUGCAGAGUCAGGUUGUAUUGUGUACUCAUAGAAACCUCUCCGAGAUGUAAAUAAGAUGUUAGUUGAGUAUCAGACUGAUUGCUAAAGCACAUGACUGACAGGAGAGUAGGUGUCUCCUGGCAUGUAAGGCUUUCUAGUUUGUUUAAAGGUUUAAAAAAAUAUUGGCAAAUAUGCUCAUAAAAUUUCUUGAAAUAAGCAGGGGUUGGAAGUUGUAUCCUCUCUCCCUCCCGGGAGCAGGGCAGUGUUGGCCCAUUGGUCCCACUGCAGCUAUGAGGCAAACACGGUCUAUUGGUUUAAAUCAAGACUUCUCACUUGCUGAUAGAAAUCAUGAUUAAAGUUAGUGAUUUAAAUAAUUCAUUUAAACUUCAUGUUGCAUUUGAUAAUUUCUUAAAAGGCAGCUUUAGUCUAAUCAGUUAGGCUCAUCUAUUACUGCUUCUUAACCAAACAGGACCAUACUGUGUAUCCAAUUAUGCUAUUAUAUCACAGUAAGUAUUUACAUUACAAAGCGGUCAGCUGUAUUUACUGGGUGAAUUUCUUUCCUCAUGACUUAUACAAAACUGCAUUUGAAUAAAAAGGUCAAAUGAAAUAUGCACUUUCUUAUAAUUCUACUAUAAUCAGACAAAUCAUGCACUGGAUACAUAAGAGAAAAUAUGCUUGUUGUAGUGUGCUAUUAAAUGAUUGAUUCUAUCAGGGUAGUGUUAUCUGUACGUAGCAGAAUGAACUGGUUGGUUUUGGUAAUUGUCUCUUUUCAGAUCUUAGAAUGAGCAUAACUCAUCAUCCCGGAGAUUGUAAGAGAGAGAUAUCUCCCACCUGUUUUAUGCUGCCUCCACCAGCUUUGAGUGAACUGAACUAAUUUAAUAAGUGAAUUGGAGAAACUAAUCUUUCUGCCCCCCUUUUUUAAGAAAGAUUUGUUUUGUACUUCAGUGGCUUCUGUGGACUUAGUGACUUUCUUGAGUUUAGGAAUUAGACUUUUUAGACAUUUUCCAGUAGCCAUGUCCUGCUUGAAUAGGGGUGCAUGUGUUUGUUUAAAUGGUUGUUUUAGACUUCAUCACAGAUUACCAUUAACUUAGAAAAUAAAUUGCACAAAUGUAAUCUUAAAAGCUGUAUGUAAAACCCAUUUAAAGGAACAUGUUUGGAAUUUAAGUAGUCUCAUCUAGAGCUCUUAUGAAAUGAGGGCAAACAGGUAGGCUUCUGUAACAGCUCUGUAGUGUAUCUUGGUUGCCAGGGACAUACAUGCAGAAAUGUGCCAGCCCCCAAAGGACUCCACAUGCCUUGCCAGGGAUUUUUGCUGGAGGAUUUCACAGUCAGGCUGUCAGGUAGGCACACGUAGCGGCUUUUUGCGCGCAUACCGGCAGAAACUCACAUGCAGCUUUGUGUGGGCACGUGAACUUGCACUGGAGCAGCCUUUGAGACUUGCUGUGGUGGUGCAUGCCUUGACAUGCAGGCACACAUGCACACUCAGUCCUGUGGGCAGCCCUCAGCAGCGUGCAUUGGCUUGCAUGAGAAGUGCCACCGAGGCAGGGCAGCUCAGCCAGCUGCAAGCUCCAAGAGUAGGAGGAGAAGCUGUCACCUGGCCCUCAAACAACUUUGUGGUUCCACUCUUCUGAUUGAAUGCUUCCCACCUUUGGCCAUUGUGUGCAGGAAAUGAAUAAUAUGCUGAUUUCUGUGAAAGGGCCAGGAAGAAAUUCAAAAGAUGGCUUUUGUGUUUACAGCUGGUGAGGUGGACAUUCUCAGACACCUGCAUGUCUGGACAGGAAGUCCCAGGUACUUCCUGACUUUCAGUAGAAGAGAGAAACUAAGGCCUUUGAAGAUAGAUGCCUGUGGCCCCUUGCUUGGCAGAAACAAUGCUGCAGCAAUGAGAUUAUAGCGAGCCCUUCCUGUGUGGCCUCCAUGGGUCCCACUCAACUCAGCACACAGGAUCAUGGGAAGAGGGUGGCAAGUGUAUUUGAGAUGGAGGAGGAAGGGCUUCCGCUCUUCCCUGGCUCAGAGAACCCCCCUGAGCAUGCAGAAAAUCCCCCCUUGAAGCGGAAGAAGGGCCCAGCCCCUAAGAUGCUGGGAAACGAAGUGUGCAGUGUGUGCGGGGACAAGGCCUCCGGCUUCCACUACAACGUGCUGAGCUGCGAAGGCUGCAAGGGCUUCUUCCGCCGCAGCGUCAUCAAGGGCGCGCAGUACGUCUGCAAGAACGGCGGCAAGUGCGAGAUGGACAUGUACAUGCGCCGCAAGUGCCAGGAGUGCCGGCUGCGCAAGUGCCAGGAGGCCGGCAUGCGGGAGCAGUAUGUUCUGUCUGAAGAACAGAUCCGACUGAAGAAACUGAAGAAGCAGGAAGACGAUCAGGCUCGGACAGUUGUGGUGCGUCCAAACCCUCCAAAUCCGCCAAGCCCUUCCCACAAACUGACGCCGGAACAGCUGAGCAUGAUAAAAAAGCUUGUGGCUGCUCAGCAGCAGUGCAACCAGCGCUCCUUCACAGACAGGCUCAAAGUGACGCCAUGGCCCCAGAUUCCUGAUCCAAAUAACCGUGAAGCAAGGCAGCAGCGUUUUGCUCACUUUACAGAACUUGCAAUUAUCUCUGUGCAAGAGAUUGUGGACUUUGCCAAGCAAUUACCUGGCUUCCUGGAGCUCACCAGGGAAGAUCAGAUUGCUUUACUGAAGACAUCUACCAUAGAGGUGAUGUUGUUGGAGACAUCUCGGCGCUACAAUCCAGAGAUUGAGAGCAUCACCUUUCUUAAGGACCUGAGCUAUAAUCGGGAUGACUUCGCCAAAGCAGGUCUGCAGUUUGAGUUCAUUAACCCCAUCUUUGAGUUCUCAAAGGGAAUGAAUGAGCUACAGCUUAAUGAUGCUGAAUACGCACUUUUAAUUGCCAUCAACAUUUUCUCUGCAGACCGACCGAAUGUGCAGGACCAGUCCCUGGUGGAGAGGCUGCAGCACACCUAUGUGGAAGCGCUUCAUUCUUACAUUUGCAUCAACAGACCAAAUGAUCGCUUGAUGUUUCCACGGAUGUUAAUGAAGCUGGUCAGUCUUCGGACACUGAGCAGUGUCCACUCUGAACAGGUGUUUGCCCUUCGGCUGCAGGACAAGAAGCUCCCACCCCUGCUCUCAGAAAUCUGGGAUGUGCAUGAGUGACUGCAUGCUCCCAGGGCGCUGACAUGCUGACAUAAUGCCAUCUCCCAGCCUUCGCUAACGAGAAGCCAGCCUCCCCUCUCCAAAGCACUGAACCCUGGGCUGGGCAUGCAGGGAUUGAUGAGCCUGGGGUUUCAGUGUUGUCAUGAGACUCUGCAGGAGGCAGCUGGGGUAGAUCAGCUGAUGGAGGGGCUGGUUUCGAUGUAGUGCCCGUACCCCAAAGGAAUAACGUGAAACAUUCAAAAACGGUAGAAAUGAAGACCUUUCCCCCUGCCCCCCAACUCCUUUUUCUUCAGAGUCUUUAUCUUCUCUAAGCAUAUGCUGAGGGUUUGCCCAUUGAUCCUCUUCUCGCUGAUUAUGAAAAUGAAUUUGCAGGAACUUGCCAAAAGCUCUCUGUUGAGAGUCACCCAGCUCAAAAGGCUUCUGCAGGGUCCCCAGUGUACCUGGAUCUGAGGAGCUCAGGGAAGUCAGUGUGGAUGUUCUAGGGGUUUCACUGGGUUUCCUAUAAAUAAAAUCUCUUGAAUGUGCUGCCCUUUAAAAUGAUUCCAAGAGAAGUAGCUUUUAUUUCUUUAUUAUGAGACUUCAUCUCUAGAGCUGCCCUUUAUUCUGGCCCUCCUUUGGAAAAAGGAUUUCUGUAAUGUGUAGUGCCCUUUGUCUAACAAGGAGGUCCUCUGGGUAGGGAACAUUGUAUAUCAAAAAGAUGUCAGGCAUAAAGUAGUGGAUUUUUUUAAUGUAAUGCAUCACGGUUUUAUCUCAUGGUGGUUCUCAGCUCAAUUUACCUUUGAUUUGCUAACAGCUGGACAACUUUAGUUCAAAACAAAUCAGGACAUAGAUUUUAUCUUUAGGGGUGGAAUAGAAGAAAGAUAGGUGGGGAGGACUGGUACCUAGGUAAGGUAGGUGUGGUGGAAGGAUCUCAAACACUUCCAAGAAUCUGGAGCAUGUGGUAUGUGUUCCAAGGUGGGUGUGAAGAUGUAUCAACCAAGGAGAGAGGACACACUGCAUUUAGUGAAAUAUGUGGGCAUUGCACAAGCUGUGGGCUGUACAACUCUCAGAUCACGGGCUGCAGGAAUAUUGGGUGUAAUCAGAUCUACUUGCAUCGUCUUCCUUUUGCCAAAGUCCUUCCAAGGUACUUGCUCAAGGUUUCAGUGAUGAUCACGGGAUAUGGAGGUCCCUCCUGUAUGAGGAGUGCCAACUGCUUCAGAAGGACACUUGGGUCUUGUAUCCUUUCUUCACUUUGGGCAUUGUGAGAUCCACACUGGAUUUAUGGCCCAAGUUUUAAGUAUCCGCAUCCAUAAGUAUUCUAGGAUUUACAGCAAUAUUUUGUCUGACAGAAGAGAAAUAUACUGUUAUAGAACAUGUUCCUUAUUUUCCAAGAAAGAACAUCUUAUGGCUGAUCUCAGAGAUGUAACCUUAAGUAUCCUGGUAGCUUGGUCUCAUGAGUCUUCUCUGUCAUAGGGGUCUAUGUUUGCUUGCCCGGUGAGCAUCCCAAGAGCAUAGGUUCACAUGGCUCGGGGUUUUUUUGUUUGUCUGUUUUUUGGUUUGUUUGUUGUUUUUUUUGGCUGUGUAUCUGAGCGCUAUGCCCGUGGUGAGGGUAUUGUGUCCAUUUUGCACUUGAGGUUGGUCCCCUGCCACUGGCCUUCACUCUGCACCUUUGUAAAGCACUUGUAACAAUCUGUAAAAUAAUCUGUUGUUUUUUAUAACUCAUUGCAAUUGCAAAAAUUCUUGUUUAAAUCUGUAUUUUUAACUAAUCUGUUUGAGAAAUGUUAAUGUUUAUAUAAAAGAAUAAAGCCUAAUACAGGA